AUGAUUUCUUCAUCUCGACGUUUGCCACCCAGAAUACUAGCUAACUUUAAAAUACAAAAACGCCUUUUCUCUUUAAAUGCGUAUUGUAUGAAAGAAAAAAACAAUGUGAUUACUGUCAAAAAACCUACUAACUCAUCCGAUGACCCAGCAGAAACUCAGGGUUUAGUCACAUCGAUACAUUCAGAAAAUUUGAUUAUGAUGCCCUUACCGGCGAUAAAGCAAAUAUAUGAUGAACAUAUACAAAGAUUAGAAGCAAAGAAUGAUGAACGUAAAGCAGAGACGAAGAAACUAUAUGAUGAACAUAUACAAAGAUUAGAAGCAAAGAAUGAUGAACAUAUACAAAGAUUAGAAGCAAAGAAUGAUGAACAUAUACAAAGAUUAGAAGCAAAGAAUGAUGAACGUGAAGCAGAGACGAAGAAACUAUAUGAUGAACAUAUACAAAGAUUAAGAGCAAAUGAUAAAGAGCAUAAAGAAGAGAUAGUUAAAUUGACAGUGAAACAAAAGGAUGAUGAAGCCGAUUUUAUUGCACGUUCAGGAGAAGUGUUUAGACUUCGAAGAAUCUGUAACAUUAGAUCAGCUUUGGAGUAUAUCCGUGGUUGGGUUUCUAGCAAGAAAGGUGAAGAUCCUCUGAUGUAUGAACCUGUUGAUAAAGUAUUAGAAAAGCUGAGCAAUAAUCAACGAUUUAAAGAAUGUCUGAUAAACACGUGUGAGAUGAAUAAUGUGAAUGUAGAAGCUGUGAAGAAAUGUAUGGGUGGCCUGUAUCAUACGUCAUCAAAAGGACUACAUGGUUAUGACAAAGUUGUGAUUCAUGAAAAAGGUUGGGUAGUAAAUGAGAUAAUUGCCUUGGGUCUCAUUUUCAAAUAUUUUGGUGUUCCUUUCGAAUAUAUGAACGGGAAUGAUCACUUUGUGAAAUUUCCAUACAAGUUAGCACCACGUUGA